CUUACAGAGUGGUUUUAGGAAAGUGAUUUGAAGGGGGAAAUGGCCAUCGACGAAGACAAUGGCCUCUGCACAGCUUCUGUGGCAGAACAAUACCCACAUGGGAUGCCCAAAGAGUCGGACGGACGGGGGUACUGGGGGACCAAAGCCGAGUUCAUCCUGACUGUGAUGGGAGCGAUCAUCGGACCUGGGAAUGUAUGGAGGUUCCCUUACCUGUGCUACAGAAACGGCGGAGGCGUGUUUCUCAUCCCAUACAUUUUGUUCAUGUUUACAUGCGGAGUCCCUUUAUUCUUCCUUGAGACUGCCUUGGGACAGUACACCAACGAGGGGGGAAUUACGUGCUGGAGAAAGAUUUGUCCGCUAUUCCAAGGCAUUGGCUAUGCCAGUCACUUAAUCAUCAUAUUCAGUGCCACCUCCUACAUUAUCAUCAUUGUAUGGGCAUUCUUUUACCUGUUCUCGUCCUUCAGCGGGGAUUUGCCCUGGGCCACAUGUGGACACUACUGGAACACAGACUCAUGCUUUGACUUCAUCCCUCCAAAUCUGAGCAUCAGCAUGACAUCCAGACUGAAUACCACUCUUCCUGUUGUGGAGUUCUGGCAGCGUCGGGUUUUGAAAAUCUCUGGUGGUAUCGAGGAGGUGGGGAGCUUGAGGUGGGAACUGGUCUUGUGUCUCAUCCUGACCUGGGUCAUCUGCUACUUCUGCGUUUGGAAGGGUAUCAAGUCAACAGGAAAGGCAGCCAUCUUCACAGCCACAUUCCCCUUCAUUAUGCUGUUGGUUUUGUUCAUACGUGGUGUUACCCUACCCGGGGCAAUGGAUGGGAUCAUUUAUUACCUCUACCCUGAUAUCACUCGCCUUUCAGACCCCCAGGUAUGGAUGGAUGCUGGCACUCAGAUCUUUUUCUCUUAUGCUGUCGGCUUCGGGUUCCUAACCUCUCUUGGGAGUUAUAACACUUACAACAACGACUGUUACAGGGACUGUUUCUACUUGUGUUUACUGAACAGUGCCACCAGCCUUUUUGCGGGCUUCGCCAUUUUCUCUGUUUUGGGUUUCAUGACAUACGAACAAGGAGUGGAUAUUUCUGAAGUAGCCGAAUCAGGUCCAGGUUUGGCCUUCAUUGUCUAUCCACGUGCUGUAGCCAUGAUGCCCAUGCCCCGGGUAUGGUCGGUGUGUUUCUUCGUCAUGAUCAUUCUGCUUGGAUUGGACAGUCAGUUUGUUGGUCUAGAGUGUCUGAUGACGUCACUGGUUGAUCUGUUCCCAACUUACCUGCGCCAAGGCUACAGACGUGAGCUGCUUCUGCUGGCCAUUUGCAGUCUCUGCUGUUUGCUGGGACUCUCCCUGGUCACUGAGGGAGGGAUGUACCUGCUCCAGCUGUUGGACCAUCAUGUCUGCAGUGGCACCACCCUGCUCCUCCUCUCCCUCUGCCAGUCUGUCAGCAUUGCCUGGGUGUAUGGUGCUGACCGUUUCUAUGGCAACAUCGUAGACAUGAUUGGUUAUCGUCCAUACCCAUUAAUGAAGUACUGCUGGUGCUACAUCACUCCCUUACUCUGUUUUGGCACCUUCAUCUUCUCUAUUGUCAGAUACUCCCCUCUGAAGUUCAGCAACACUUAUGUUUAUCCACUCUGGGCCAACAUCUUGGGCUGGUUCAUUGCCACCAUCUCCCUCUCCCUCAUCCCACUCUUUGUGUUACAUAAACUGAGGCAGGGAAAAGGCUCUCUUCGACAGCGAUUCUUGUUUCUCUGCCAGCCUAUGGACCACCUCCUGAUGGAACAAAAAUGUCUUGCCACACUAGGAACCAAUGGCACCAGUCCCGACACAGAGCUCAAACCUUUAGCCCAAGUCAUUCAGUGAACAUAAAGAAGUUGUUCAGCUGAGAGGUGUGCUGUAAAUUAUUGUGUGGUCUUCUGAAGCCUUAUUCAUCAAUCUUCUAAGAAUCCAAAAUCAGGAUGCUCUAAAAUGAGGCUACUUAGGAGGCAACUGUGUGUGAAAAGUUUUUUUGCUACAAGUGAAGAAUAAGACCCAUUUAUAAAAUGACCUACUCCUAUACUUGAAGAGAAGUAACCUGGAGGAGCAGCAUGAUUAAUCACAAGUGUGCUGUGCAUUUAAUGGCCAAACACAAGCAUUUAACAAGCAACUGCCCCAUUGUUCAUUCUUCAGAAAAAGUAUUUGCACAGUGAUAUUUUAUUCAUAU